ACGGCAGCGUAGUGUAACUUACUAUUUGUAAUGAUGUUAUGUAACCCAUAUAACAAAGCAUGCAUAUAGGUGGCGUGGCAGUGAUUAGUAGGCUAAUGUUAUUGCACCUGUUACCUCACAGAGAAAAGUUACAUAUACUGCCGUGUGCUCUGUUCUAUUUUUAGUGCCCACUGCAUUAGCGUGAAACACUGGACGCAUCCUUAAACUACGGAAUCGAAGACAUUGACAUUAUUAUCAGUGUUUGCUAGGUUUUAGAUUUGGUCACUUGUUAUUUUUUGUUAUAUUCGUCAACACUACUGGUUGAAUAGAUUCGCUCUAGAAAGGAUUUAGAUUCUAACAGCUAAUUAGCAUGGACAACCCACAGGGCGCCACCAGCAGCAUCUCCGCCACAUCCAGCUCUAGCGUGGCACCCGAAGAAUUUCUCAACAAAGUUCCCAGACUGGCCCAGCUGACAGACAGAUUCGGAAACACUUUUCACUUCGGCAAUGCUGGAGAUUAUUGGCAUCAGGCCUUUGCUAUUGGAGCUGAGACUGAUUAUAAGACACACGUGAAGCAGAUUCGAAACAUGGACAUUCGAGACGACGACAUUCUGAUCUGUUCUUAUCCCAAAUCAGGUCUACACUGGCAUUGUGAGGUGGUCAAAUUGUUAAUGAAGAAAUCAAAGAAUCUGUCCGAUGGAGACAUUACCGGACUCUGUUUUCUAGACGCAAUGCCCAGUGAGUCUUUCAGUAAUUUCAAGUCCCCAAGACUGUUGGUCACUCACGUGCCUUUUAGACACAUUCCGAAACAAGCUUUAGAGAAAAAGAUUAAAAUUCUAGUUUUGGAGAGAAACCCAAAGGAUGUCCUGGUGUCUUACUACAACCACGUUUACAAUCAUCUGCCACCCCUCAACUAUCCAGGGACCUUUGAACAGUUCUUUCAAGUGUAUUUUGAAGUUGGCUAUCUUUACGGAGACGUAUUUGAUUACGUCAUGGAGUGGCAGACCGGAAGAGAAGCUAACCCCAAGUUACAUUUCUUAGUGUCUGUCUUUGAAGACAUGAAAGCGGACACUGUCAGCGGCGUUAAAAGGCUGAACACAUAUCUAGGGAGUGGGUGUAGUGAUGAGCUGUGUGAACAAAUCGCCGCCGCCUGCAGCUUUGAGAAGAUGAAGAAACACAAGGACGAGACCGUAUCUGACCUAAUGAAGGCGCUGUUCAGAAAUAACAAACUGGCCAUUUACAGGAAAGGAGAAGUAGGCGAUUGGAAGAACUGGUUCACUGUGGCUAUGAAUGAACAAUUUGAUAAAGAAUACGAGAAAAGAAUGUCUGACUACAAAUCUGUCUACACAUAUACUCUCUAACACUCUCGUCUGCCACCUGUGUUAUAUUUUAUUCAUAGAACUAGAACUCCUUUUUUUUUCAUAGAAAAGAAAUUAUUGAAAUCAAAAGUGAAUAUGCAAAGUUUUAAAACCUAAUAUUUAACACUCAUUUCAAUGAUGGUUGUAUUUGUAGUAUUUAUAUCAUAUUCUCCAUUCAGUCCAUUGGGUCACGGAAUAAUUAAUAAAAUUGUAACUUAAAAAUGUAAAA